GCCCAUUCAACCAUAUCGUACCAGCAGAAGAGAGAGAGACUAAAGAGAGAAAAUUUAGGAAAAGAAAACCAAAGUGGAACAACAGAGAGAGAGAGAGAGAGGAAAAGCUGAAGAGUGUGGAUCAUAAUUCAUAGGUUUAGAGAUGAAGAACUGCGAGCUCUGCAAGGUUCCGGCUCGGACCUUCUGCGAGUCUGACCAGGCCAGCUUAUGCUGGGACUGCGACGCCAAGGUCCACGGUGCCAACUUCCUCGUCGCCAGACACACGCGCACGCUCCUCUGCCACACCUGCCAGUCACCCACGCCCUGGAAGGCCUCCGGCGCCGCCCUCGGCAACACCGUCUCCCUCUGCGAGAGGUGCGCCGGGGGAACCGCCGAACAAGGUCAGGAGAGCCAAGGAGGCAAUGACGACGACUUAGACACAGACGAAGAUGACUACGACGACGAUGAUGAGACCGACGACGAGGUCGCCGCCGACGAAGACGGAGACAACCAGGUUGUCCCUUGGUCCUCCGCGCCUCCGCCACCUGCUCCGAGCUCUUCCAGCAGCGAAGAGUCGGUUAGCCGGUGCAACAACGCCUACGAGGAUGUUUCGACCACAUUGAAACGACGUCGUGAGGACAAUGAUUCCGAGUGUUCGAAUUCGAACAAUUGGGGUUGUAAACUGAGCGAAGUGGAGAGAGGAGGUUGGUUGCUUCGGUUGCGACGAACCACCGCUGAAGAUGACGGUCUUGCUGUCGAGCGACGAAGUGGUAGGAUGGUGGCUCCCUACGGUUGUGGUGAUGAUGAUAGAGUCUUUGAAAACGUUUGAUCUGAAGAGACACGGGGAAUCUCAGCCGCGUGAUCUUCGGGGCCGUACCAUUGGAUAUUAUUUAUGGAGUCUUUGAUUAUUAACUUCCUCUAACAGCACUCAAGUUUUUGAUAAUGACUCUCAAGUGUAUGAAACUUUUUCUUUUUCUUUUUAUUAUUGUUUUCCGUUUCGAUAUUUUGAGGAUCAAGGCUGUGGAGAGGUGUUAUAACUUUUUUCUUCUAUUUUAUUGUUUGUUGUAAAAUAAUAACAUUUUUUUUCUGUUUAUAAGUAGGAAAGGAUGCUUUAUGUUAUGAAUAGAUAGGAAAAGCCAGAAGCACAUGAAUGUGAUUCCUGAUUCAAGACAUCAA